GGAGAGAAAGAUAUGGUCCCAGAAGGGAGUGCACACACACACACACACACACACACACACACACAGUCAUACGCACACACACUUCACACACUCUCUGGCUCCCUGGCUCGUUUUGUGGAAUGGUGGAUUAGUUUUCAAAUAUUUGGCAAGCAGAUGCAGGCAUGAUCAGGUGUCCCAGCUGCCCCCAAGUGUGAGAUGAACCAUGGAAAGGUGCAGAGGUCCGCUCACUAGCCCAGCUCGCAUCUGCCCAACCGACCGGGGGUUCUGCGGCAUGCAGCGGUGCUCUCACUAGCACCAAGUGGACCCGGUCCUGUCCUCCUUACCUGGGGCCAGGACUGCAGAAUGCUCAGUCCUGUUGCCCCUUACAGUCUAUUGAAGAUGCACUGGUCUCCGGAGCACACCGCCCCUAUAUCUCAGUGGCCUGAGCAGCACCUUGACGUCACCUCCACCACUUCGCCCCCGACGCUCCACAAACAUGAGCCCUACGCCUCCGCCGCUCGCCGCAAUUACGCUCACACAGGUUACCCGUGGGCCAGCGAUGACAUAUCAGCCCUUACCGCUUCUUCGCUUCUCAAGCGCUAUGCCGAGAAGUACUCUGGACUGGAGCUGCCCUACGAGCGUCCCGCUUCGGUGGCCUACCCAGAGCCCGGCGCUUUUUUGAAAACGGAAUCGGAACCCUGGGCUCUCAGCCAGGGCAUCGAGUGCUACCCCGGAAUCGAAGCGCUAACUGGCGCCAAAGUGGGCUCCGGAUCCGCGGGCGUCCCCACCACAGGAAGCGUGACCGUCGUGAGCGGGAACUUAGCCUCGGACCCGAGCUACGGGGCCGCCGGCUCCUGCGGUGCCCCGUCGUCCCAGGACUUCCCUCCUGCCUACAACAGCACCUACUUGUCUUCAGGAUACUGCCCGCAGCCAGGCACAGCACUUCCCCCUGCCCCUCUUCACUCUUUGCAGGCCGCACCCACUCUGGUGCCCAGCUACAGCACCAGCACUCCAGUCUACAACUACCCGCCGGGCUGCUACCCCCAUAACAGCCUCUCUUCCAGUUACAGCCACCCCAGUGCCUCCUACUUACCCCCGGGGAUUAGUGCCCCUACCCCUUUGGCCCCCAGGCCCACCAUGGUGGGUGGCAGUUACGGCUACCCGUCGCACAGCCUCGGAGGGGGCGGCGACGCCGGCGCGCCGCUGAAACGCAAGGCCUUUGAGAUGGGAGAAGACGGACAAGAGGGAGCCGAGGUGGAGGGAUCGCGCUACAGAAAAUACGGCAACGGCCUCAGCAAAGGAAACGGGCACGGCAACGGCUACGACAUAAGCGGCUCCGGUUCGGCUCCGCAGCCCUACAAACCCGGGAAGCCCCUUAUGUCACCCCCUUAUCGCGGGACAGGCGAUUACAGCCCCCCAUCCGGCCUGGCGGUGGAGAAUGCAUCCGGGGAGCACAGCUUUCCUCACCAAAGGAUGCCUAUGAAGAUACCGGCAGCGCAUGCGCGAGCUGAGGAUCCCUCCGCCGGCCACUGACUGACCCGCUUGGCUUUCCGAAAAAAAUCCCUUGCGCUUGGAACCAGAGGUUUGAACCCCCAAAACAUUUGCAAGUAUCCACAAACAUGUUUGAAUGUCACUUGCAACCACAAGAGGGCACAAUUAUACUAAUACCUCAUCUUUUCCAUUAUCCAUGUUUUCCCAAAGAUACACACAGGGGCAUUUUAUCACGUGAGUAUUGUUGGAGGAUUAUUGGAGCAUUCUCUCCAUAGAUAAAGAAAGUAAAAAUGUAUGCUUCUCUCAGGAUAUCUAUUUAUUCCUUUCUGCUACUGUGGCAGCAGCACCGUGGAAAUGUUGCUUUGUUUUUUUUUUCUCUCCAGAAAGUGGCGUAAUUGUAUGUGGCCACGAGUGUUACCGGGCCCGUGACUGCAAUGUCCUCAAGCAGCCCCACAAAGAUCAUUUCUGACCAAAAAGUAGGCAGAGCAAUAAUUCAGAAGGUGAAAUUGCCGUACGACUUCAGCACAAUCAUUCAGGAGCUGAUUCAGAGGCGAUGGGCAAUUGAAUGUUCGGAUACUGUAUGCCCCUCCAACCCCCUCGCCCUCUAUUGCAUCCUGCCUCUUGUUUUCCACCUGUUCAAUGCUACUGUUGUCCUGUUUAUACAAAUCAUGCUGCUUAUAUAAAGCUGGCCUUUACGUCGUUUUAGUACAGGGCCUCAUUCCUGUACAAUUGAAAAUAUUUUUGGCAGUAUACUCGCAACAAUGGGGCACGUUGUUUCCACGCAGAUGCUUAUUGUAAAACUUCGACAAGACUCCAGCUUCUACUUUGUCUUAACUACGAGCAACAAUCAUGCAACAUACUGCUGAACUUAAUGCAAUUGAGCGCAUGUACACGCGCAAAAUGGGCCUGCUUGGAUUUACUUUGCUGAUGUUCAUUGUCUUUAUUUUUUUGCCUCUUGAAAGGAAGAUUUAUCGUCAUGUUAUUGAAUACUCAGGAAGAAUAUUGUUACCUCAGAAUGAUGAUGAUGAUGAUGAUAAAUUAGAAUGUAUGUUAUUACCUUUGGAGUGCUUGUUGGGAGCCAUUUGCAGCUAAACUGGAGCUGUUGAAAAACAAAGCAUACUCUGAAAUCUUCAGGGAAUUUACAAGGCUUUUGACAAUAACAGUGAAAAUGCGCAGACACGCACACACGCAUGCACGCACACACACAAACACACACACAUUGCUUUGUUGCUCUGGGAAUAAAAGUGGCGAUAUUUGUACCAGGGCCUGAAAUGUUGAAUGUAAUUCAGAUCUAUAUUUUGUUUUUGUUUUUUUUUAGAAAUGACAAAACAUGCCAUAAUGUACAUCAAUGACAUUUUUAGGUAUAUGAAACAUAUUUUCUUCAUGUAUAGAUUUCCUUAUAGAUUUUGGCGGAGAGAUGAACAAUGUUGUGUGUUAGUUCAUGUAGUUUGCAACAACCCAAAUGGUUUGAUGGACAAACCACGCAUGAUGGCAAAAUGAAUAUCAAACACGCUUCACUAUGUUAUCAAUAUGUUUUUCAAAAUGUCUUAAUGUCUAAUUCCUGUUCUCUGUAGCAUCUGAUUGUUGAACUGGCACCACAAUGGAAGAGGUUUAUUGUGACAACAUUGCUUAGUGCCAUUUUGUUAAUCAGCAAAAUCUAAUUUCGGAGCACGACCCUCAUUGAUUGUCGGAUUUGGGUUCAAGAGAGCACAAAAUGUGGAUUAGAUUCAGUGUGGAAAAAAUUAUAUCCCAAAGCAGUUUUUGCUGCAUUAAGCAAAUACAUGCCAAUCCAAGUGUAACCUCGUCACACAUCUUCAAAUUAAAAUAAGAGAUUAGAAAGGUGAUCAACUAAACCCCAGUGUUUUAAAAAGUAUUUAAGCGCUUAGCUAUAAGAAUUGAAUGCUCUUCUGUGUCACACAAGCAGUAUGCUACACAAGCUGUUGUUCUCAUUUUAUUCAACCCAGAAUGGAUUUUAGUGUUAUCUUUUUCUCUCUCUUCUUCUUUUUUUUUUUUUUUAAUUUUCAAUGUUGUAUCUGGUGCAUUCUCAGUAACCAUUUCUACCUCAUCUUGAAGACAUUGUACAUGGAAAUAUUUAUCUCAUGUCCUUUCAUUUGCCAGAUUAGGAGCAAUGUUUCACUUGUUUGACUUGUUAUAGUCUACCUCAGUAAAACUGUCAUGUCAUAAAAAUGAUAUUGUAACCGCACCCCCAAAAAUCAAAAUUUGGACUUUUCUGUCAUCAAACCAAAAUGUUUGACGUUUGAGUGUUGUCUGUCACUAAAAUGUACAAUGUUGACAACUA